UCACUGGCUCAGAGCACAGCGCCUGCCGGCCUUAGACUGAUUCACCGACUGCUUCAAAGCGACAGAAAUUUAGUCCGAACGACUUCCAACUGCAAGAAGAAGGAACGGUGUUGGGCGGGGGGUGGGGGGUGGGGCUCCUGGAGCUGCUGUCCGGAAUUCGGAACCUGUACUGCCUGCGCACCCCAAGCUGCUGAACGGAACGUUUGGAGCCAGCCGCAUUCGCCAGCCCCUCGACUGCCCAGCUCAGCUCAGCUCUGCGCACUUGCCCACUCGGAGUCGGUCCAGCGGUUAUCUUUUUGCUUUCCUUCUUGCCUGUCCCCUCUGCACUGUCUUUCCACCCACCCCCACCCACAGCUGCAGGACGCUGAGCAGCAUUCGCCCAGCGCUCUGUGGAGACCUCCCUCUCCUCUUCCCCCGCUCUCCCUGAUCCAGUAGCUUAAGGAUUUUGGUUUUCCAAGGGGCGUCAAGCUGGAGGCCCCAACCACCGAAUCGCCCCAAGGGGCUUUCCCGAACCCCAGCACCAUGAGCUAUGGGGACGAGCUGACCCCCGAAGCUCUGAGUGUGCCGAGUGGGUUUGAUGAUCUGAUCACCUCCACCACCUCCCAGGUGCUGCAGGCUAUUUCUAAUGCCGCAGCUGCGGUUGGUAGCUCAGGCCGCGAUAACUUGCUUUCCAUGAUCCAUAAGCUACCUGACCAUAUCUCAAACAUGGGCAACCUGGCUGACACGUCAGGUCCCAUGGCUUCAGAGAUGGUAUCCCAGGAUGAGCCAGUACAGUUCUGGCUAGUAAUAGGGUACACCAUAGUGGUAUUUGCUGCCAUACUAGGCAAUUGGGUCUUAAACCAUGUGAUUAUGAAGUACAAGAAGAUGCACACUGCCACCGGCCUCUUUGUCGUCAACAUCUCCGUGACCAACAUGAUGCUGGCUUUUCUCAGCUCUCCCUUCACCAUGGUGCGCUAUCUGUGUAAUUCCUUGGUGUUUGGGAAGAUGACAUGCCACCUCAGUCGUUUUGCUCAGUACUCUUGUGCCUAUGUAACUGUGUUGACCAUGGCUGCUAUUUCCCUGGAUCGACAUCGGGUGAUGCUAUAUCCCCUGAAGUCCCGAAUUACUCCAAUGCAAGGCAAUGUUUGCAUCAUUCUCAUCUGGAUUGUGAGCACCUGUGCUGCUUUGCCACAUGCCAUUUACCAAAAGCGUUACCAAGCGGAGAAUGGAAACAUAACUGAAGAAAAUGUCUGCCUUCCCAGUUUCUCAUAUACUUCAAAAUCCACGUGGAAAUACCUUGACCUAAGCACCUUUUUGCUCUUCUUCAUUUUACCAUUGAUGGUGCUGAUGGUCGUCUAUGGUCAUGUAGCCAAGAAGCUGUGGAUCCAUAAUGCUGUUGAUGACAUCAACAUCCACACCUACAUCUGCCAGCGUGGGAAGAAGAAGCAGAGUCUGAAGAUGCUGAUGAUAGUGGUGCUUGUCUACACUAUCUGCUGGCUUCCCCUCAACCUCUAUCUGGUGCUGCUUUCCAGUGAAUCCAUUUCAAGCCACAAUGGUCUCUACUACUUCCUCCACUGGCUAGCAAUUAGCAGUUCAUGCUACAAUCCUUACAUCUAUUGCUGGCUCAGCGAUAGCUUCCAUAUUGAAGUUCAGAAGGUCAUCAUGGAAAUCCAGAAGAUGCUGCUAGAUGGAAUCAGCCGCCUGAGAGGGGAGCAUCGCCAACUGAGAUCUCUCCCACCCCCUCACUGCCCUGCUUGGGUGGACCCCAACCCUGGAGUGCCCAAAUUCCCACGAUUCAAAGAUUUUGAUGAGCUACCCAGUCCCCCUCCAUCCCCAGAGGUGGAAACCUCCUUUCUCUACCCACCAGUGCCUAGAGUUUAAGCUGCCCAGACCGCGAUAGAUUAUCCAUCCUCAAAAACUCAGAUAGGGUGGUACCAAAAUAACUAAGUUUCAUUCAUUUUUCAUGGCAGGGGGAGUGGAGGAAGGGGUUGAAACUUGAGGGGUGGGGGCCAUCUAAGGAACCAUGUGUCUCACUUGCUAUUUCAUUUUCUUCUGUCUUUUCUCCUGUUUCCUUCCUAAGUCUUCCUUCUCCUAACAGUGAGUAAAUAUUCAAUAUCCAGACUCAUCAGAGAUGUUUUUACAUAACUCAAAUGGAAGUUACAUUCUGACUUGGGAUCUCCUGAAUUUCAUCUCUGAUUCUGGAGUGUUCCCUCCUCCAUUCUUUGUGUGCCCACCUGGCCAUGGCACUUGUCUUCUAACAUCUUAGAUAUUAUCUCAGGAGCUACAAGAGUCCCCAGAGAAUCUUAUUUAUAUUUUAUUUAGAUGGAUAAGAGGUCAAUAUCUAUAUUGUAUCCAAAAUAUGCCCAGAGAAGUAACAGAAGAGAAAUGUAUAGUUCCUGAAAUGUAAUUGGGUUCUCUGGGAACUUAGAGCUCCCUAUAAAUGCAAGUAGUCUUAUCUCCUUAUAGCAGAAUGAGAAUGAGAAAUCUUACAGAAAAAGACAAGGCAGUUAAAUGGCUCACUCCACAUUACCUGGGUUAUUUCUCCAGAUUGCAAAUUCAAUAAUUUGAUGAUAGCUUUCUUUUAAAUACAGUGACAAUUUACGUGCUCAAGUUAGUACUGCAAAAUCCAAAUAAUUCUCCCAGUUUUUUCAAAGAUGCAUUUAUUUAUUUAUUUUUAGAGAGAGGGGAAGGGAGGGAAAAAAGGAAGGAGAGAGGCAUGAAUAUGUGGUUGCCUCUCGCACGCCCCCAACUGGGGACCCGACCUGCAACCCAGGCAUUUGCCCUGACUGGGAAUCUAACUGGUGACCCUUUGGUUCACAGGCUGGCACUCAAUCCACUGAGCCACACAAGCCAGGGCCAAUUUUUCCAGUUUCUUGACCCUACAUUUAACAUCAUACUUUGUCUCAUGUAAACUUGUGCUGUCUAGUCUUGUCUUUGUUUUUUUUUUUUCUGGAAAAAGAAAAAAAUGUGAUGUGUUCACUGUUAAUUCAUUUCCACCUCUCUAGCCUAUGAGGAUUUCAACUCAAGAGAGACGGGGAGGAAGUAACUAUCUGCCAUUGCCUUUCAUGUGGAGACAAUAUUAUUAAGGCUCUUUGGAGGGUAUAGCUUGUGUGUGUCAGGAAGAUGCCAAGAUGAGGGUGAGUUUUCUUUUCUCCUUUUCUUGAUUUCCUUCCUCAUACCCUCGUCUUCACCCUUUUUAUCUUCAUUUUUCCCCUCCCCUCUAUUGCUUUUCCCAGGCAUCACCUUCUCCUCAACUUUCUCUGUUCCACCUUUCUCUUCUUCCUCCUACAGAUUCCUUCCUUCCUCCCACCCUCUUUCAAUAUCUUCUUUGUUCCCCUCCAUCCCUCCUUCCUCUACUUCUGCCCAUCUUGUCUUCUCCCCUCUCCUUCACUCCUUUUCCCUUCCUUUCUUUCCUUUUCUCCUCCCCUUGCUCAUUAUCCCUCCUCUUCUUUCACAAGCUUACACAUUCCUCCUGAGUCCCUUCCUUCUUCAGCACCACUCCUCUAAUUCUUUCUUCUUUCUUCAUUACUCCUCCAUUAUCUAUCUGUUUAUUUCUCACUUCUUUGAACUCUGAUGCAUAGUUUAAAUUACUGCUUUCUCAUUGAAUUUUAGCUAUUAUUCCUCAAUUCCCUCCCAUAUUUCUCUUUUAUCUUCUCUUCAGAAUUAAGACUUCUCUCACCCUUAGUGGAAACCUGGGGAUCUGGGAAGAUGCAGCCUCUGGAUUUAAACUCUGCAGUCUCUACCCUGCUCCAUAGGUGUUUAUGUGGGGAUGUGUACUAGUCAGAGUGAAUGGUGAUCUCUGGUUACAUUUUUUUUCUUUUAUAUUUCUUUCUCAUUUAACUUGAACUAUCAGAAAGUGGCUGCCCAUUGUGCCAUCCUGGGGAAUAGGAUGACUCACUGUAGGUUUAUAGAGGAAAUGUUACAGACGUAGGCCAUAGCCUCUGUGUCUGUUGGGAAGUGAGUACCAUUCAGUGGUACUGAAGAACAUGACCUAGUUUACUUUGGAGGAAUUGUGCCCAGUAGGAAAUUUUCUUCCCUAGCCACUCAUGGUUGUUUUUAAAAAACCCUUUCUAUUCUACAGCAUUUUAGUUAUUGCUCAUUCUCCCUUCUUUCCCAUAGUUCCACCCCAAAGAAUCAAAAUAACUUUAAAAAAUUUUAAAAUAACAAAAAUAACAACAAACUUAUAACUGCAGGAUAACCCUGGAGAUUCUUAGAAGUUCCAAGACCAGCUAACUGGCUUCAGACUUUCACUGCUGCAUUGGCUGUGAACUUCAUAGUGACUGCCCAAACCCAUUGGCUUUAGCAGUUUUGAGAACAAACUAUCAUCAUCUCUUUAGAGUGUAUGUGUACGUCUGCUUCCAUCUCUUUCUCCUCAAUCAUCUUCACUUCUCUUCAUCUUAAUCAUUCUCUUUUUACCAAGGACAUAUUAUUCAAAAUUCUUUGAAUCCUUAAGUUUCCUCGGGAAAAGGGCAAGCCUGGGGCAUGAAGCAGAUUAACUGGAGUUCAGCUUCUGGUUAGUCAUCCUACCUGGUGACAGCAAAAAUUUUUUGAAGUCAGAACUCCAGCUAUCUAUGGAAACUUUCCAUACUUGCAAAAUCUUUUUUUUUUAGAUGAAGAACAAUUUGAGGGUAAAGAGGUGUAGUUUUAUCUCUGUUUCAUUCUAUUUUCACUGUAAUAGAUGAAUCUUUGAUCUCCUCUUCCUUUCUAACCUCACCACUAAAACAAAAACCAAAAAUACUACAAAAAGAAAACAAAACAAAACAAAUGAAAUAUAUCCCCAUGAGUACAUGACUAAAUAUUUAGAGAAGUCCUAGACUAAGUAGAUGACCACAUCUGCCAGUGGCAUCAUUGUAAAUUUCACAUCCACCUUUCAGCUUCAGCUGUUUUUGAAAUUAGUAGUCUUUGUGAGCUCUGCUGGUAUCUUUUUCUCCCUCCUUUAUAUACCCUCAUUCUUCUAAGGACAGAGUUGUCUUUCUCAUUCUCCUUUUGGAAGGAUGGAUAAAUCCCAGGGCAAUCAAGCGGACUGUCUAAGGCUCUGCCUCCACGUGAGAAGGACAGAGUGAGAUUGCCCUGCGGUAGCCAGUGCUUCGUGGAGGAAUUAUACCUUGCUCUAAUACGCGCUCCUUUACCUGCUUAGACUUAAAAUUCAGAUAAAAGAGUGUCGUUGUAAUUUAAAUGACUAUUGUGCUAUUGUACGUUCACCUAAUGUUCUCUCAUUCCCAGGAAAACCCCUCCCUAUUCCCGCCUUAAUCCUCCAAACAGUUAAACUUCCCCCCAGUAAGGCUGGAGAUCUGGAAUGUUUCAUGUUUGACAGAUGAUCCAGCUUCAAUGUUUGCUGCUGCCUUGACUUUACCUACACAUCAGCUUUGGUGAUGGACAGGAUGCUUGAAGAAUUGGGCCUCUCAGUAGUUUGAGUUUUUCUGGGGUUUGCUUAGAUUUUUUUUCAGCAGCAACUAAUCUGAACUCAACAUCCAGCUAAGUCUGGGGGUGCUACCAAUGUAAGUAGUUUAUGACUAGGGGGGCUUAUUUGGUUGGAAUAUGGUGCUAAUGAGCACUAGGUCUUAGGCUCUAACCCAUGUGCAGCCAUUUAGCUUUGUGGGUUUGAGCAUGGUGCUAAAGAACUAUGGGAUUGUGGUUUCAAAACCUUAUGUGUGUCUGUUUACAGACUGCACCACUCACCCGGGCCAGCCUUUUUCUGAACAUGGGUUAUCAGCCAUCUGAAAGACCCAACAAAACUGUUCUUUGAGUAGCCCUGAAAAUAUCAUUUUCACUUCUGGAGAAACAGUUUAAAGUAUAUUACCUAAUGAUAAUGUGUUAGCAGUGUCAUCUUCUUAUCAGAAUGACACCAUUUUUGAAAUGAAUAGUUGGACAAAGAAUAACAGCAAUGGUGGAUGGGAGAAAUUGCCAAAUUCUCCCCUUUUAAACAUCCAAAUGCACAUACCAACCUUUGUCCAAUGUCAUGUAACUGUAUCUUGGUCCAAUCUGGAACAUUUGAUGAGAUUAAGAUAUACAUACAGUUAAUCCAAUGUCCCACCUCACUGGGACAGGUUGGACUAGAGGAAUUUAUCCCCUGACACAUACAUCUGGAAUGCUGGUAAUCAAUUUUAUAUGUUAAUCACUUGUGUGUGUGUAAUGUAGAUUCACUCUUAGGUGUUCUGAAGACCUCUUUUACUGAGGAUUCCCUCCCCUCUUCUUAUCUUUGUAUGCUGUCACAUACACACUCAUACAUAUGCAUGCAUUCAACAUAUACACAAGCACACACAUGUAUUUGUAUACCCCUACACACAUGCACAUGUGUGAACACAUGUACUCCCACACAUAUAAGCACACAUACAUGCACACACACAAAAUGUAUACAGAUUGCAUUUUAAUGAUGCAUAUUUCAAAUCUAAAUUUUUAAUUUUUAGUCAUUCUUUCAGUCAAUUAUCUGUUUGAAUAAAUGGAUUCUGAUCUUUUCAAUAACUUCACCAUUUCACUGGGUGAUUACAUGAAUAUUUUGUACAUUGUUGUAGUUACUGACCCUAAGUUAUUAAAAUCUGUGCAGCGCUCACAUAUCUGGCCUUAUAAAAUGAUAAGUGUCCUACUAACAAAUAUCAAUUGGAUAUUUAUUAUUCUAAAGAAAAUAUACUUUAUUUUAUGGUUAAAACACAUAAAAACAAACCCCUAAAUGAGUAGGAACUUGAAUACAUAUGAGCAUAAACAAUUUAUGCAGAUAAAUUACAAAAUGUUCACAGAACAUACACAUAUACACAGGCACACAAAAAAUACACACACAGCUGCAAGAAACCCUUACGAUAAAAGAAUCUUGCUGAUCCAUGCCAGAGAAGAGAAUAAAUGCCUAAGUUGUAAUUUUAUAUAGUAAUUGGGAAUUCACAGACAUUGAAAUCUGUGAGCUCAGACCCUUGUUAGGAAGAACAGAAGGCUAAAAUUCAUUUGCCUACCUUGUGAGAGAUUUUUAAAACUUGAGUGUUAGUUUUGCUACAAAAGAGGUACAUGCCUUAAUAUCAGCAAGUGACUACCUACAAUCAUAAUUACAAAUUUGGACCAUCCACUUCCUACUUUGCCAUUGCUGGAAGCUGUUGACAUCUCUAGACUAUGAGGCAGAGCCUCAUUGAUGAACACUGUUUUCCUCUGGGCCACGUGAGGAAGGAAAGGAGAUGGACCCAGUCUGAACAGUUUGAGAGUGGGGGUGAAGUUAUUUAUUCUGAUAACUCUUGUUCAGAGAGUUUUCUGUGUCUAGUUCAAACUUCCUUCCCUUGUAAUAGUAAUAGAACUAUCGUGUAUGUGAUGAUGACUUUGUGAUUCUUAAAAUAAGAUCUUUUGGUAUUUUUCAAUGUGUUUGUUGUCAAUGUUUUACCCCAUACUGAAAAACUAAAGACUGUCAAGGGGUCUGGAUAAGACUGCAGAUUUCGUUUGCAAAUAUGCUGGUGAAUGGGUAUAUACUCUGAAAACAGCAAAGCACUGAUUCAACUAUAGUUCUGCAGUUUGGAAAGAAACCAUUUUUAUCUCCUAGGGAAAGCUUGAUGCUGAAGGAAAUAGCCUUAUCUCAAUGCCCAAGGUGG